ACGUAAUGCAGUACCGAUCAGUUGUUCUCAGUCUGGGAUGAAGCAGUUGGAUGGGAUCGCGAUCCCGUACUGGCAAUAUGUGUUUCCCGCGGCCGUCCUCACGACGUGCCUCGUGAUCCUCGCCGCGGUGAGCUUGCCCGGCCGCGCCCCGCUGAUUCUCCCGGCGGUGACGAGCAGGACCGAUGGGCCAGGAUCAAGCAACCGGUCAUCUUGCAAUAUAUUCAAGGGCGACUGGCUGCCGGACCACGGCGCGCCCAGCUACACCAACGAGACCUGCCCGGUGAUCCAUGGCCACUACGACUGCAUGCGGUACGGCAAGCCGGACCUGGAGUUCCUCCGAUGGCGGUGGCAACCAGACGGGUGCGAGCUGCCCCGCUUCGACGCGGCCCGGUUCCUCGGCGCGAUGAGGGGCAAAUCCGUGGCGUUCGUCGGCGACUCGCUGGCUCGGAACCAGAUGCACUCGCUCGUGUGCCUCCUGUCGCGGGCCGAGCGGCCCGUGCCGUGGACCAACGGGGGCUACCUGUACCGGUACGAGCGGCACGGCUUCACCGUCGCCGACUUCUGGUCGCCGUUCCUCGUGCGCGCCGCCGAGACGGACCCGGACGGCCCGGCGCGGAACGGGGCGGGCCUGUGGAGCCUCCACCUCGACGAGCCGGACCCCGGGUGGGCGGCCCACGUGAGCAAGUUCGACGUCGUCGUCGUCUCCGCCGGCAGCUGGUUCUACCGCCCGUCCGUCUUCUACGAGCGCGGCCGCGUCGUCGGCUGCAGCGGCUGCCUCGCGCCCAAGGUCACGGACCUCACGCUCCGCUACUCCCUGCGCGCCGCGUUCCGGAGCGCGCUCCGCGCGGCCGUGGGCGCGUCGUCCGGAACCGGGACGGUGGUCGUGCGCACGGUCUCGCCGGCGCACUACGAGAACGGGACGUGGAACGAUAACGGCGACUGCGUGCGGACGCGGCCGCUCCGGCGCGGGGAGUGGGAGAUGGACGUGCAGCAGAAGGAGAUGCACCGGAUACAGGUGGAGGAGUUCGCGGCGGCGGAGGCGGCGGCGAAGGGGAAAGGGGUGAGGAUGUUGCUGAUGGACGCGACGGAGGCUAUGGCGAUGCGGCCGGACGCGCAUCCGGGCAAGUAUCGGCUGUGGCAGCCGGACAAGUUCAGGGUGAGCCGCGACUGUGUGCACUGGUGCUUGCCCGGCGCCAUGGACGUCUGCAACGAUAUGCUGCUUCACAUGCUCAUCGAUUAGCAAGCUCCAGGAACAGUAUAUAUAUUUUGUGCGAACUACUGUUGAUUCCGAAUUGAAGCAGCCGGUGAUAUUUAUUUCUGUGUACACAAAUAAUUUAGUUUGAGACGAUAUUGUAAACAAAGUUCUUGCCCGGCGCCAUGGACGUCUGCAACGACAUGCUCCUUCACAUGCUCAUCGAUUAGCAAGCUCCGCAACACAAAGUUAUUGCUGUGUACUGUUGAUUCCGAAUUGAAGCAGCCGGUGAUAAUUAUUAAUUAUUUCUGUGUAUACAAAUAAUUUAGUUUGAGACGAUAUUGUAAACAAAGUUCUUGCUUAGCUUUUUUUUACAAUCAAUACCACAUAUGUUUGUAGUAACAAAU